AUGACCUCGCCGCUCACCGCGACCGCCGUCCACCGCUCUUUUCGCGGGGCGCUCGGCUGGAGUCCGCGGAUAGCCGUGGAGCUGAGCAGUCCAGGUGAUUUCAGUGAACGAGACCUCAAGGAGGGGCUGUUGCAUCUUCUGGCCGUGAAUGGAUUCCGAGAAGAGGACCUGAAAACGCCGGAGCGGAUCACCAACAUCGAGAUGGUACUUGAUGACUACUGCUGUAUGCGCACCCUGGCACACUUUCCCAAGCUUCAAUCUGUAUCCUUAAUCCAGCAGGACAUCCAAAAGAUCGAGGGCCUGGAGUACAGCCCCGAGCUCCAGCGUUUGCUGCUGAAUGAAAACAGCAUCAAAAAGAUCGAAGGCCUUCAGAAUUGUCUGAACCUCCAAAAGCUGUACCUGCCCUUCAACUGCAUCAAGGAGAUCGGUUCCGGCCUCGCAGGGCUGGAGCAAUUGGAGGUGCUGUGGUUGGCCGGAAACCAGCUGCGUUCCUUGGAAAACCUGGUGCUGCCAAGUCUUACGGAGCUCAAUGCGGCCAGCAACCAGCUGAGUUCGGUGGUGGGUGCCUUUGAUCAACUGCCACAGCUGCAGUCCCUGAACUUGUCCGGAAAUCGGCUUUGUUCCUUCAAGGAGGUGCUGGACUUGUCGCGGAGUUCUUUGACGGCGCUGAGUUUCGCGGACCCGGACUUUGGGGAAAAUCCUAUCUGCUCCCUGUGUAACUACCAGACCUAUGUCCUCUACCACCUGCCAAAGUUGCAGGUGCACGACCAGAUGUAUGUGGACGCCGAAGCUCACAACAUGGCUCAGGCAGCCUACGCCCAAAAGCGUCUCUACUACAACAUGCAUAUCAAGACCCUGAAGCGCCAAUCGGGUGACUGUUUGCGAGCCGCGAAGGUCAUCCAUGAGGCGCGCUGCAAUACCUUGGGCCAAGACCUGUCUGCGGCUGCACGGCUUCUACGGCGAGCCGAUGCCUUUCGACAGAGCCGCGAGAAGAAUGGCGGCGAUGAGGCCGAUCCGGCGGAAUACCAAGAUUUGGAGCUGGCCACCCGACGGCUGCAGCUCUGUGAGGUGGAGCUGGCCGAUGCGGACUUCGCCUUUCAGCAGCUUCAGCAGUCGGUGCAGCAGACCUUGGAUGCACACAUCAGUCGGCUGCUACUGGAGCUUCGGAGUGGCGGAAAUGUGCGCUUUGAGAAGGUGGACGACAUCUCGCAGGUGGCGGGGUUGGUCACCAGCCGUUUCAGGCCUGAAGACUUUUCCUUGUUCGGCUUCAACCGGAUCAAGAUCGGACAAGUGACAAGGCUCCAUCAUCGGAGUUUGCAGCUGCGCUUUGAGCAAUUGAUGGACUGUUCAGACACGUCUGCGGCCUUUGAGUAUCUUUUCUACGUGCCGCAAUCGAGGAAUGCCUUGGAGGAAUUGCAAGAGGUGGCACAGGCUGGCCCCCAAAUCUCCGAGCGGCUCAAACACAGAAAGUUCUCCAAGACCUGUUCUGCCGAGGAGCUGGAUGAGAUUGGCAUUGAACUGGAGGAGGGACCAUCUGGUCCUUGGAGGAAAGUCUCCGCCACAGACUCGCCUGUGCUGCUGACCAACUCCUUAGCCCUAGCGGAGGCCGGUCGGCUACUCUACAACUCCAACACAGAGAUGGGCCAGGCGCUGGGGCGCUCGAUGUCUCGGGCCAGACCCAACGAGGCGCUGAAGUAG